AUGCUCGCCUACCUCGUGCUGCUCUUCCUGCUGGUGUUCGUCACCACGUUCUUGUGGGCCGCCAUGGCGGCCACGGCCGGGUUCGUGCAGACGGUGCUGGCCAGCGUGUGUCUGGAGACACGGCUGCCCAGCCUGCCUACCGUGCCGCCGCUGACCGCCACACGGCAGGGCUACAGCGAGGCCUGUGCGGCAACAAACGACUAUCUCCGCCUGACGGACGGCCAGCUGAUACAGUGGAUGCGACCCAGCGUCACCAGGGACAUGCAGAACCGCACCAUUCGGCUCGGCGUGAAGGAGAUGCCGACUGCCGCCUAUCUGAACUCGACACAGCAGCCAGACCGCUGGUCGUUCCGCGUCAUCAACAUCCUGGCGUCCGUCUACAACUUCACGCCGGAGUACGUACCGUCGGCGAAUCCGAGCGGCGGCGUCCCUGACGCGGCCGGCGGCUGGGGAGGCCUCACCGGACAGCUACUCAGGGAGGAAGUGGACAUGACUGGAAACUUUCUGGUGUCAUCAACUGAACGUCUCGACUUAGUGUCCUUUGGCGAAACGAUCGGCUACUCCCAGAUUGGACUAUUAAUAGAAAGACCAAAGGCAGAAACAAGGGACGACUCGCUUCUCGCUCCAUUCAGCAACAAGGUCUGGAUCAUGAUCCUGAUCUCGAUGCUCGUCAUGGGCCCGUUGAUCUGGGGCAUCAUCCGCUUCCGUGUGUGGUUGGCGACGAGCGACAAACACCUGAACCGCAUCAUUCCGCUGGGCUCAUGCGUCUGGUUUGUAUACGGCGCGCUGAUGAAGCAGGGCUCCGUCCUCUCACCCGUCACAGACUCGUCUCGAAUGCUGUUCGCCACCUGGUGGAUCUUCAUCACGGUGGUAACGGCGUUCUACACGGCCAACCUGACGGCCUACAUGACCUUCUCCGAUCUGAAGAUUCCCGUCGACAGCAUUGACGACAUAGAUAGUAAUCAGAAGUCUUGGAUUGCGCCGCGAGGGGACAGCAUCCAGAUGUACGUCAACAGCUCCGACGUCCUCAUGGGGAUGAGAAGGGCCGGGAAGGGCUCCUUCAUCAGUCCCGACGAACCGGCGUCCAAGACUAUUGACAAAGUCCGCAGUUCAGCGUACGUCUACAUCGACGAGGUGUCCAAGCUGAACGCCAUGAUGAUGGCCGACUACUACUCCAGCAACCGCACCUGCCACGUGUAUGUGGUGCCCCUCAAGGAUGAGUACAUCAAGUACUCGCUAGCCGCGCCCAAGGGCUCGUCAUUCAACCAAGCCUUCGACCCUUUCGUUCACUGGCUCGUCAUGUCCGGCAUCGCCAACAAAUGGAAACGGGACGCGGAGGUGGACGCGGCUCCCUGCGCCAUCCCCAAGGGCAUCCAGGGCACCAAACUGAUGAACGAGGAGCUGCGCAUGAUCUACUACAUCCUGCUGACCUCCUACGGGUGCGGCGUGGCGCUGCUGAUGCUGGAGAUCGGCUGGGGCCGACUGGCGCGCCGCUGCGGCUCCUUCUCGCGCCAGGACGACGCCAACACGGUGCUGCAGCGGGUGCUGCGCCCGGACGGCGCCGGCGCCGGCAAGUCCGCCUGGGCCGUCACGCGCCCAGAUCAGAAACCCACCACCACCUACACUUACGGCAUGUCGAUGGACCGGGGCGCCGUGUCCACCUGGUCGACGGUGACGACGUCGCCGCCGCCGCCGCCGUCGUCGUCGUCGGCGCCCGUCGCCGGCGCCCGCUCAGACCGCGAGGUGUUGCAGGAGAUGCGCGACAGCAUCAAGUACGUCAACGGGCGGCCGUACCUGCUCGUCGGCACGGGGGACGGCGUGCGUCCGGUGCCCGUCACCGACGACAAGAACGAGGUGUUCGAGCGCAUCUUCCGCGAGCUGAAGGAGCGGCCGGGCAGUUCGCGGCUCAACGACCAGUUCGGCGACCUGUACUUACCCGAGAACCUGAUGCAUAAGUAGCGUGGCGCGGUGGCCGCGGCGACCGCGGCGGCUCGUGGUCCUGGUGGUAAAGUCAAACAGCUUGAGAGGAGAAAGGUUGUAGCUCUGGGAUCACGAGCCGU